AUUGUUGAUGGAUUCAGAGAUCACAUUCAAAAUUUAUUAAAUUAGAGCAUGCUCUUGUUUAUGCACAGAAAGUUAAGGUCUGCUUUUUCACAAUGCGGCAUUGCCUAUAUGCUCGCACCAAUCUUGUAACUGAACUAUAUUCGCUACUAUCUUAUUAUUUCAACAAGUAAUGUUUUAAUGCGCAUGCGCAUUUGGAAUUGAAAUUGAAACUAUCUAUUGGGAUUUAAAUCUAGUUAUACGACAAAUUAUGAAUCUCAUCUUCACAAUUAAUAAAAAGGAGUGAAACAAAAGUUAUUGUUCUUAGUGUUUUCAAGCGUCUAAAGCGCGACAACUAUUUUAAUAUAUGAAGCGAUCACGCGCAAGCACAAUAUCCAAAUUUUUACUAUAUGAUAUCCUUUUGAUAUCCCGCUAAUUUCGUACAAGUUGCAACAAAGGAAAGAUUUUUCAAAGCAGUUUUUUUAAAACAUCGUUGGUAAUCAUUUGUUUUUAUGAACUGCUUUGUUUUUAUACUUGAACAAUGUCUGAAAAUAAGUUAUUAGUUUGUCCAUAUGAUGAAGCACAUAAAGUAAAGGCAAGUAGAAUGCAACUUCAUAUUACACGAUGCAGAUUGAAUCAUUUGAAUGAAAUUAAAUUCACCUGUCCUUUUAAUGCUACACAUGUGUUGCCUUACCUGGAAAAGGAUUAUCAUUUAUUACACUGUCCCAAUAAGGCUCCAUUAGACAGGUUAUUAUCAGAGUCCCUAGACAAGAAUAAUCCAUUUAAAGGACGAACUGCUGUUCCAAGCUAUUCAGAAGCUCUACCUAUGAAAUCAGAUGAAAUUUGGGACCUAGAAGCAGAACGAGAUGAACCAGCACCAGGAUACAUACCUACUAAAGAACGACCUCCUGGAUCUAUUGUUGAACCAGCACCUUUUCUUGGUGCAUCUGCUAAAAGGCAGUUGUAUCAAGAACUUCAUCAGAAGUCUGAGAGCAUUGAUUUCAAGUUAAAUUUAAAUUCGGGUUCUUCCAUACCAGCUCCUAUUCCAAGACAACCAAAACAACCAAGUGAGGCUUCUAAAUUUGAAGACAAGAGAAUGGAAGAAGAUUUUCCUUGUCUUGGGCGAGGAAGGGGUAGAAUACCUAUAUCAAGAAUUGCUGCAAAUAUCUACUCUCUUCCAGCAACAAAUAAAAGUUCUAUGACCCUAAACAGUUACAGCUCAGUUGUAAGUAAUAAGAUGAAUAAUAUUUCGAUGGCAAACGAUACCAGAGCAAAUACAAGUUUCAUUACAGGCAACUGUGAUGCUUCAGCUGCUUUUAAUCAUGAAUUUCCACCUCUUGGAUUGGGAAGAGGGAAAUUUAGAAAUGAUUUGCCACUUGCUGGACGGUUAAGAAUACAAUUUGAGUUGGAAGAUGUUAAGAAAAAAUUUCCUUAAAUCAGAAAAGCAUCAGCUCUAGAAUAUAAAAGCUCUAGACAUUAUAAAAAAUAAGCAUAAUCCUCUUUUAUGUUUAUUAUUUCUAGCAUUUCAUAUUAAAGUAUGAAACAAAUUUGAAUAGAUAUCAAAAGGAACAGUGAUAUAAAUAUGUUUUCAGUUUUUAAUAAGUUAUGUAACUGAGUGAGAAACUUCACCUUUGAUAUCAAUGAUAUCUCUUCUUCAGUUUUGCAAUAAAUUAAUUUAUAACUGUUAUAAAAAUUUUAAAUCUACUGUCUCUUUCCAAAUUAUUAGACAUAUCUGGGAGCAUUUUUUUAGCAGUGCAGCAUUAUUUAAAGGUACUGUGUAUAAUAUAACAAAUAUUUUCAUUUUGAUUACUUUAUUAUAUCUAUGCUUUGUUACAAAGAAACAUUACUAAUAUGUAUUCAUAAUGAUUAUUAUUCACAUGACCUUAAACAAGCAUGAAAAUGUACAGAUGUCUUGAACUUUUACCAAUUGCAUUUAUACAACAAAAUUGUUGUUUGCAGUUAACAGACUGUGCACUCCUGUAUCAACUCGUAUAUACUUCACAUCAAAAAUACAUUUCAAUGCACCUACACACAAAGGAAAUUAAGUAGUAUUUCAUUUGAAUUUGUUUAUAUAAAAAUAAUAAGAAUUUCUUAAUCAUUAAAGUUUAUUAUUUAGAGCAGUAUAUUUUAGUAAUGUAUUUGGGUACCAUUUCAAACAAACAUAAUUACACAAUGUUUUGCCUUAUUUAAAAUGUUUUAUUUAUCUAAUCAUUAAACUGUAUGUCUUGAGUGCAUUUUUAUCUUAACUCAAACAAUGGGGUUAUAUCUUCAAUUAUUUGAGUGAAUUAAGUAGUUAAUCUUUAUAUAAAUGAUUCCAAUUAAUUUAAUUACAUUUUUAUAGUAGGCAAUUUUUAUGCA